AUGGAUGCGCACGCGGUGCAUUUGGCUAUGGCGGCACUCGUCGGAGCCUCCAUCGUAGCUGUAUCGGCGUACUACAUGCACCGCAAGACGCUAACGCAGCUACUGGAGUUCGCGCGUACGGUUGAGCCGGAAGGAGUUUCCGACGACGGCGAUUCGCCGGUGCAUUCGAAGAGGAGGCGUGGAGGUUCUAAGAGGAGAGGGAACGGAGGUUAUCGCCGAGGCUCGGGUUCGUUACCGGAUGUUACGGCGAUUUCUGGUGGACUUGACGGAAAUGGACUGAUGCACGUUGAAGGGAUUCCGGCAGGAUUGCCUCGAUUGCAAACAUUCCGUGAAGGAAAGUCUGCAAAUACUGGUUCAUUUAAGAGAAAUAUUUUAAGACCAACUUCUCCCAAGUCUCCUGUUGCAAGUGCUAGUGCCUUUGAAAGUGUAGAGGGAUCAGAUGAUGAAGAUGAUUUGACAGACGGAGCCAAAAUGGAUGCUACAUAUCUGCACACAAAUGGAGAUGCAGGUGGAGAAGGGAAAAAUCCAUAUGAGACUAUGUCUAAUCAUGUCAAUACAAAUGGAGAGCAGAUGGCAAUCACUGCUUCAAGUAUGAUCCGUUCUCACAGUAUUUCUGGUGAUCUGCAUGGUGUGCAGCCUGAUCCAAUAGCAGCUGACAUUCUGAGGAAAGAGCCAGAGCAAGAAAUUUUUGCUCGAUUGAGAAUUACUCCUAUGGAGGCUCCAUCAUCUGAUGAAGUUGAAUCCUAUGUGAUUCUUCAAGAAUGCCUUGAAAUGAGGAAAAGAUAUGUUUUUCAAGAUGCAGUUGCUCCAUGGGAGAAAGAAGUUAUAUCUGACCCCUGUACUCCAAAACCCAACCUAGACCCCUUCUUUUACACACCUGAAGGAAAGUCUGAUCAUUACUUUGAAAUGCAGGAUGGAGUUAUUCAUGUAUAUCCCAAUAGAAACUCCAAAGAAGAGCUUUUUCCUGUUGCCGAUGCAACUACAUUUUUCACUGACCUUCAUCAGAUACUUAGAGUUAUAGCAGCAGGAAAUAUCAGAACUUUAUGCCACCACAGACUUAAUCUUCUAGAACAAAAAUUCAAUCUUCAUUUGAUGCUCAAUGCGGAUAGGGAAUUUCUCGCCCAGAAAAGUGCCCCACAUCGAGACUUCUAUAAUGUUAGAAAAGUGGAUACACAUGUCCACCACUCAGCAUGUAUGAAUCAGAAACAUCUUUUGAGAUUCAUAAAGUCAAAGCUGAGGAAAGAGCCUGAUGAGGUUGUAAUAUUUCGAGAUGGAACUUAUCUGACGUUGAAAGAGGUUUUUGAGAGUCUAGAUUUAACUGGAUACGAUCUCAAUGUUGACCUUUUGGAUGUUCACGCUGACAAAAGUACAUUUCAUCGCUUUGACAAGUUCAAUCUUAAAUACAAUCCUUGUGGCCAAAGUAGGCUCAGGGAGAUAUUUUUGAAGCAGGACAACCUCAUUCAAGGUCGAUUCCUUGGCGAGCUCACAAAGCAAGUGAUUUCUGAUCUUGAAGCCAGUAAAUAUCAGAUGGCUGAAUAUAGACUAUCAAUAUAUGGUAGGAAGCAAAGUGAGUGGGACCAACUAGCCAGUUGGAUAGUGAAUAACGAACUGUACAGUGAGAAUGUUGUUUGGUUGAUUCAGCUUCCAAGAUUGUAUAAUGUAUACAAAGACAUGGGAAUUGUGACCUCAUUCCAGAACAUGCUUGACAAUAUCUUCAUUCCACUUUUUGAGGUUACUGUUGACCCUAAUUCACAUCCUCAGCUGCAUGUCUUCUUGAAACAGGUUGUUGGGUUGGAUUUGGUGGACGAUGAAAGCAAACCUGAAAGACGACCAACAAAACACAUGCCUACGCCUACUCAGUGGACUAAUGUAUUCAAUCCGGCAUAUUCAUACUAUGUUUAUUACUGUUAUGCGAAUCUGUACACCUUAAACAAGCUCCGUGAAUCAAAGGGAAUGACUACAAUCAAAUUUCGUCCUCAUUCUGGAGAGGCUGGUGAUAUUGACCACCUUGCCGCUACCUUCCUUACUGCUCAUAACAUUGCACAUGGAAUUAACUUGAGAAAGUCGCCUGUGCUUCAAUAUUUAUAUUAUUUGGCCCAGAUUGGACUGGCAAUGUCUCCUCUGAGCAAUAACUCUCUAUUUUUAGACUACCAUAGAAAUCCUCUUCCCCUGUUCUUCUUACGGGGUUUGAAUGUAUCACUUUCAACUGAUGAUCCACUCCAAAUUCACUUAACAAAGGAACCGUUGGUUGAAGAGUACAGUAUAGCUGCUUCUGUGUGGAAGUUGAGCUCAUGUGAUUUAUGUGAGAUUGCCCGUAAUUCAGUCUAUCAAUCAGGUUUUUCGCAUGCUUUAAAGUCACACUGGAUUGGUAAGGAAUACUACAAGAGAGGGCCAAAUGGAAAUGACAUUCAUAGAACAAACGUUCCUCACAUUCGGUUGGAAUUCCGUGAAACAAUAUGGAGAGAGGAGAUGCAACAGGUUUAUUUGGGAAAAUCCAUCAUUCCCGAAGAAAUAGAGAAAUAG